GAUCGAGUUUCAACAAAUUUUCGUGCAAUUUCCUUAAAAAACCUAGAAAAAGUGGAUUUAAUGCUAUUUACUUGCCUCUAGUAUCUAGCGUAAUCGUACAAAUUCAAGAUGUCGUCACCAGAAACUAAAUUAGAGCUCUACGAUGACUACGCUUCGGCAACGGAAUCGAUGGAGGGUCAAAUGUCCGUCCAAAAUGCCACCCGGAACACUACAGAUCCAGGGGCACCUAACUUCAGCACACUAGACGAACCCAUCAAAGCUACAUUCCUCCGUGACGUAAAGGCAGUUGGCGUCAAGUUCUAUCACGUUCUGAUACCGCGGGAGAAGAACACACUGCUCCGGGAUUGGGACCUGUGGGGUCCACUGAUUCUGUGCACAUUUAUGGCCACCAUUCUGCAGGGGUCGGCCGACGACAUGUACGACGGUGGGCCGGAAUUUGCACAGGUGUUUGUGAUAGUGUGGAUCGGUGCAAUGAUCGUGACGCUGAACUCCAAGCUACUGGGAGGGAAUAUAUCCUUCUUCCAAUCGGUGUGCGUCCUGGGGUACUGCCUAACACCCUGUGCGGCCGCACUGCUGGUGUGUAGGAUAAUCUUGAUAGCGGAGCAGACACAUUUCCUGUUCUUCUUACGAUUUCUGGUGGCUGGAGUAGGCUUUGGAUGGGCCACGUACGCGUCCAUCAUAUUUCUCGGGGACAGCCAACCAGCCAGCCGAAAAGCUCUGGCCGUGUAUCCAAUAUUUCUAUUCUACUUCAUCAUCUCGUGGUUGGUAGUAUCGCACACCAAUGUCUAAUUCUCUAGUAGGAAUGCAACUGGAAGCAAGGAUGCCAAGUUGGAUGUUUAGAUACGGCCACCGUUCGUCAGAGCUAUUUAAGGUAUAUAUAUAUAUAGGGUGAUAAUCGUUUCCUAGGUAGAAAGGUCUUGUGAGAGUGCGUUGUUGUGUUGUGCAUAGCGGAUCGCUUCCGAAGACUAACUUGCUAUAUAUCAGUCAAGAUCGCUUUUUAACGAGAUAUCGAGAAUAGUACCAUGAUUUGCUACUGGAAGAUAAGUCUUUUUGUACCAUAUUUUCACUGUCAUGCACACUUGAGAAAAUCUUUUAAGGAUAAUAAAAUUACUCUACAUACAAACAG